GACGCGCCGUCUUCCUGCUUCCUUUAUUCGCGUCUUAAAGUGAAUCUUGUUGAUGUGAGUGCGCGCUACAGCCUCUUCCUGUUGGUGGUCGCUGAGACGGACAAUUUCCAGGUAGAAAGAGGAGCGGCGCACAAGAGCUCUCUCUCUCUCUCUCUCUCUCUCUCUCUCUCUCUCUCUCUCUCUCUCUCUCUCUCUCUCUCUGUCCUGAGAAAUUACAACAUUCGUCCAGGGGUGAGCAGCCCUAUCAAUCCUCUGUUACACUAUUGCAAAGAAGCUCAAGCCUUUCUCAUCUUCAGGUUCUCAAGCUGCGUCCAGCUGGCAGGCUUUUAAAAUGGCGUAAUACCAUUUCCAGUGAUGCCGGACCAUGACAACACGUCCCUCUUAAGUAGACAAACCAAAAGAAGAAGAGUUGACAUCGGAGUGAAAAGGACUGUAGGUACGGUGUCUGUAGCUUUCGCUCAUUUAAAAACAAGCAGUUUUAGUGCCAUGAAUCCCCACGUAGCUGAGCAAGAUGUCAACUGCUCAGUGGUGCAGCACACAGACAACGAGAAGUCUAAUGUGCUUCACAAGUUGCUGAAGCGAACCAGUUCUUAUGAAGACACCUUGGUGACCUUUCCUGGAGCCACCAUCAUCUCCCAGCUGCUGAAAAACAAUUUAACCAAAAAUGGGGCAAAUGACUCUGACUUUCAGAGCAAUGGCCUCUCCAGGACAGGUUCAGAGAUCCACCAGGAGGAUGUCUGCAGCUCCUCGUCACGGGGCAGCCCUCAGGAGUGUCUGUCCCCUUUCAGCAGGCCUUCUAUGUCGCAAUUUGACAUUGAUCGAUUGACAGAUGAGCACCUGAGGGCUAAACGUGCCAGAGUGGAGAACAUAAUCCGUGGGAUGAGCCACUCUCCAAAUAUCCCCAACCACCGUAUAGGUGAGUCUGAGCCUGACGGAGCACCCCAACCCCUAAGCCCUCGAGAGAGUUACAGGGAAAACAAGCGCAAGCAGAAACUACCCCAGCAGCAGCAGAGUUUCCAACAAAUCAUUUCUGCUCGCAAAGAGCAAAAGCACGAGGAGCGCCGUCAUCUCAAGCUUCAGCUAGAGGACAUGCAGAAGCAGCUCCGUCAGCUCCAAGAAAAGUUCUACCAGAUUUAUGAUAGCACUGACUCUGAGAAUGAUGAGGAUGGACACUUCUCAGAGGAUAGCCUGCAUUCUGAUGGAAUGGACAAUCAUAUCUCUGACUCUGUUACGAACCGCUCAGAAAAUGAGAUGUCUGACCUGGAUCCAGGGCAUUUUUUGGACCAAGCCCAGGCACUUAUUUGUGAGCAACCGAUGCUGAUUGAGGGAGAGAAGCCCAAACGGGACGGCUCUCGAGGAAAAGGCCAUAGAUCAACGUCUAUGCAUGCGGAAGGGAAACAACUAGCAGAAACACUGAAACAGGAACUAAACACCGCAAUGACUCAGGUGGUAGACACAGUGGUAAAGGUCUUUGCAAAAACCCCAUAUCCACUUCCUCAGGGCUUCCCAACUGUGCAGACACCCUCUGACCGCUUCACAGGGAAUCGCGAGAACCCAAAUUUUCACACUACGAACCAGCGUUUACAGUGUUUUGGUGACGUCAUUAUUCCCAAUCCCCUAAAUUCAUUUAGCAACAUGCGAGUGCCCAGCUCAAGUGACCAAACAGAGGCCUUGCCUCUAGUGGUGAGAAAGAACUCUACAGACCAGCCUGGAUCUCUAUCCACACCCGUAAAUCACCACCCUGGUCUUCACCCGUCACCACUAUCCUCAACUAUGGCCUUCAGUCCUCCAUCCUUCCGACAUCCUUUUCCUCUUCAUAUUAUGGGUUAUCCUUUCCAAAGCCCUCUAGGUGCCCCAAGUGGGCCUUAUCCAGGCAAGGACAGGUCUUCUCCCGAUUCGAUGGACCUGUCUAGAGAAACCACUAGCCUACGGACCAAGAUGUCAUCCAACCAUCUCAGCCUCCAUCGUCCUAUCUCGCCAACGCAUCCCGGAAACCCUGAAGGCCUUUCAAUAUCGCUCAUCAAGUCUGAAUGUGGGGACCUCCAAGAUAUGUCUGAUAUCUCUCCGUAUUCAGGAAGUACAAUCCAAGAAGGCUUAUCCCCCAACCACUUGAAGAAAGCCAAGCUGAUGUUCUUCUACACCCGCUAUCCCAGCUCCAACAUGCUGAAAAUGUUCUUCUCCGACGUGAAGCCCCAUGAGCAUGAGAUGAGGCCUGGGGUGCGGUCGGCGUUCCAGUUCAUCCCAAAGGGACGCUUUUGUUUCACAGCUGAACAGGCAAAAUGGAACUACAAGUUCAACCGCUGCAUCACGUCUCAGCUGAUCAAGUGGUUUAGCAACUUCCGUGAGUUCUACUACAUCCAGAUGGAGAAGUUUGCUCGGCAGGCCAUAAAUGACGGCGUGACCGGUGUGGAGGAGAUGAGCGUCAGUCGAGACUGUGAGCUCUUUCGCGCUCUCAACAUGCACUAUAACAAGGCCAACGACUUUGAGCAGGUUCCGGAACGAUUUCUGGAAGUGGCACAGAUCACAUUACGGGAGUUUUUCAAUGCUAUUGUGGCAGGCAAAGAUGUUGAUCCUUCCUGGAAGAAGGCCAUAUACAAGGUCAUCUGCAAGCUGGACAGUGAGGUCCCAGAGAUUUUCAAAUCUCCCAACUGCCUGCAGGAGCUCUUGCAUGACUAAUAACUGGCAUUGCCUAGUACUUAACAACGUCACUCUCCCCCAGAUCUGUAUGAAAAUGUAAGGUAGCAUUUUUAAAUUUUUAAAUUCCAGCUACUUUGUUGGCUGUUUGUGCUUCUUUGUCUAAAAAAAAAAGUCUGAUAGUUUUGACUGCAUUAAUCUUAGUCAACUCCUUGCUACUGUCUGUAUAAAGGGCGUUGCUAUAUUUACCACAAGAUGGUAACUAAUAGAUGGUACCCAAGAAAUUCCUUCAUUUUUUGGGCAUUUUGUUAAUGGUUUGUUUCAUGCCAGGAUGUUUGCAAUGUGUGAUUAAAUUUUUAGCUGUAUAGAUGUGAUUAUUAUUUAUGAAUAAUAUAAUUAUUAAUAUUAAUGUUAUUAAUGCUUGCGAAAACACUUGUGGUAUUCUUGUUUCU